AUGGGUCCCGUCCGACUUACGGCGUCCAAUGACUCCACUCCUGUCGCCCUGUCGCCCUGUCGCCCUGUCUCCCUGUCGCCAGCGGGUCAAGCUUGCCUUGUCAAGUCAAUUAUGUUCCGCUUGCAACUCAUUCGACAAGCAGCUCGCGCUGCGACUGCGAGAGCUUCUUCGUCUCCCAUUGCCUCUCGUACACCGCCAGCUUUAUCCACCCAGAGAUUCAUCUCCAGCACUCCCCCCCUGGCCCGCGAUGAGAAGAACACAGAGGAGGAACACGAAGGCUCCUUCGCCCGGACUGAUCCAUCCGUCGAAGUAGAAUACCCCGAUGAGGGCGAUCUUCCAUCCAGCGCUCCGGUGCAAGGCAGAGGAGGCAUGCAUUUCAGGCGUACGCUGGCCUCUUUCUCGCUCGAGGGAAGAGUCGGUGUGGUGACGGGAGGAGCUCGCGGCCUGGGCCUGGUAAUGAGUCAAGCCUUGGUGAUCAGCGGUGCGGAUGUAGCUAUUGUCGAUUUGAACAAGGAGGAAGCAGAGAAGCAAGCCGCACAACUAGUCGAGGCCUUCGUGAAGGAGAACCCAGGCGCAGAGAAAGUCCCUAAGGUAACAGCCCACUACGCGGACGUCUCAUCUCAGGAUUCCGUCGACGCAGCCAUCGCCGAGAUUAUCUCGCAGCACGGCAAGAUCGAUAACCUCGUCACCUCCGCCGGCUUCACCGAGAACUUCGAGGCCAUUAACUACCCCAUCGAUCGCGUGCGCAAGCUCUGGGGCGUCAAUGUCGACGGUACAUACCUGUUUGCCAUUGCCGUGGCCAAGCACCUGAUGGAGCGCAAGGCGCCGGGCAGUAUGGUAUUUAUUGGGAGCAUGUCGGGCGCCAUUGUCAACGUGCCGCAACCGCAGGCACCAUACAACGCGGCGAAGGCGGCCGUGAGGCAUCUGGCGUCGAGUUUGGCGGUCGAAUGGGCGCCUGCGAAUAUUCGGGUCAACUGCAUCUCGCCGGGUUACAUGCUUACUGCUCUGACGAAGAAGAUCUUGGACGAUAACCCGGACUUGAAGAAGCAAUGGACUUCACUCAUUCCCCAGGGUAAGAUGGGCCAGCCAGAAGACCUGAUGGGUGCUGUCACUUUCCUAUCUUCGGACGCUUCUGCAUACGUUACUGGCAAGUUCUCUCCUUCACAUCCUCCUCAAAACUGGCUAAUGGUAAAAACAGGUGCCGAUCUCCGCGUCGACGGUGGAUACACUCUUACGUAG